CGUCCACGUUCAUUUCCCCGGGAAAUUUUUUAUAUUUUCCAAGAAAACGAAUCCAAAUCACAUCUAAUUCUAAUCGGGUUUCUUGAGUUUGACGGAUAGAGGCAAAGAUCGGUCGUCAUGACGGCUACACCUGCUCCAGUCCCUGUGCAAAAGUCAGAAGAAGAGUGGCGAGCUAUUCUCUCCCCGGAACAGUUUAGGAUUCUUCGUCAAAAAGGAACAGAGGAGCGAGGCACUGGGAAAUACGACAAGUUGUUUGAAGAAGGAGUUUAUGAUUGUGCUGGUUGUGGUACACCACUUUACAAAGCUAGUACCAAAUUUAACUCAGGCUGUGGUUGGCCUGCAUUCUUUGAGGGUCUGCCUGGAGCUAUAAACCGCACACCGGACCCAGAUGGGAGAAGAACUGAGAUAACUUGUGCAGCUUGUGGUGGACACUUGGGCCAUGUUUUCAAAGGAGAAGGAUUCCAAACUCCAACCGAUGAACGACACUGCGUGAAUAGCGUUUCGGUCAAAUUUGUUCCAGCCAAUGCUGCUACUGCUGCUGCUUCAGUCUCAGUAUGAACACCAAAUCUGUGUAGUUAGUGAAUAAUAAGAUAUUGGUCUCUGCCUUGUGCCUUCGAGCUAGUAAAGGAGCAGAAUUCAUGAUACAUGUUGUCUUAGAGGUUUUCUGAUUGUGAGUAGUCGGGUAUGUAAUAACUGAGAAACUCAUGAAUUUGAACAAUGAUUUUAAAAUAGUGAUUGUUUGCAUUGUCUAUCUAGUCAAAUUUGUAUGGACCAAAAGACAAUCAAUUAUGUUGAAUCCUCUACUUGUGUUGUGUGUGCUC